CAAUCAUUUUUUUACUUCCACAUACAUAACAUGUAUCAUAUAUUAACUCAUAUAUAAUAUUUAUAUACAAUUUAAGAUAUCACAAACAGAUUUUUUUUUAUCGCGCGCAGGCGCGCGGCACGCACUAGUUCGCAUCAAGCUUCAAGCAUCCCCACACGCACUCCGCCUCCGCUCCGCUGUCUCCACCGGUCCGCCCCUCCUCCCCUCCUUUGCGCCUCCCCGAAUCGCAUCAGCCUUUCUCCUCGUGUCGCGACUCGCGAGCGAAACCCUCGCCAUGGCGGAGGCGACCGACACCGCCGCAGCCACGCCGCCGCCAGCGCCAGCGAUGGCGACUUUGUCCCCGCCUCCUAAGUCGGGGAUCCCGCCGCGGUACAACCUGGACGCCAAGUGGGACGCGUGCCUCGACCUCUCCAUCCGUCGAGUUGCCUACUCCUCCCUCGCCGGCGCCUUAGCGGGCCUCCUCCUCUUCCGUAGCCCUACUACUCGCUGGGCAUCAGUUACCCUUGGGGCUGGUGUGGGGAUAGGGGCUGCAUACACUGAAUGCUCAUACUUGUUCAGUGGUGGUCCUCCAAAUUGGUCACCCAAAGUAUCAACAAUUCCUUCUGCACACUCUGAAGUAAUUGCUCUAUCAUUCUCCCUUAAUCCUGUUUGAACUCUGUGGUGACUGGUUUACAAACAUCAAUAUUGCUGCAUUGCUAUAGUCUUCUACUAAACUAGCCAGUUGUCCGUGCUUUGCUACGGUUUUUAUAUAUCAUAUAAAUAGGUAUUAAGAUAUUUAUUCAAAUAUAAUUAUUGUUUAUUUCUAAACACUAAGACACGUGUGGUCUGGUGGUUAGCCCCAAAUUUCCGGAGUUGGAGGUGUGGAUUCGAGUGCUCGCUAUGCAUUUUUUUUCACGAUGUGGUAGCUGCGUGGGUGGGGUCGGGUGCUAAGCAGGCGCAAUAGCUGGCUGCAUUGGCGCUGGGGUCCACAGUGCAGUAACUGAAAGAGGGACGGGAGAACCAGUCGAGGCACGUGGGGCGGGCCCAGAGUGUCAACAUAGAGGGUGAAGUUGUGGUAGCACCAGGUGCCUACAUUAGGUUCUUAAUAGAGUAGUAUAGAUAAAUAUGUUUUGAGAUAUUUAUUCAAAUAUAAUUACUGUUUAUUUAUAAACACUAAAUUAUGUGUGGUCUGGUGUUUACCCUCUAAUGAUUGGAGCAAGGGGUUGUGGGUAUUUUUUGCGCGGUGUGGUAGCACGGAGGGUGAAGCCGUGGUAGCACAAUCGCCCACAUUAGGUUCUUAAUAUCUUCUACUACUAAAUUGCUAGAGGCAGUUCCCUCUUUUUGCUUGACCAGUGCGUCUUUGGUAGAGUUACUCGCUUUCUCUGCCUAUGAAAGUCAAGUUAUACUUAUUUUUGUCAUUCAUUAGAUAUAUUAUUAUCUCACAGAUAACACGGCCGUCUAAAUUCUCAACCGAUAUAGCCUCCCUAGUGCCGGCUGUAAUUAUCUUUUGGACUAGAAUCCAAUUUGCAUGGCUAUCAAUUUCAGAAGAACUACUCUGAUCUUCUGAAAUCUGAAUUCAACUGGUCUAGUGUAUUUUGGGACGCUGGUGUGACUUGCUUGAUCCUUAGGUUAUAUGUGUGGGUUGGAAGGGAACUGGGCUUGGGAGCCCAUUGAGUCGGCGCCAUGCUGUCACACGGCGGGAAGAACUGGGAUGCGAACAAGGCAAGGAGGCAAUCUCCUUUCUAUAGAUUCAACUUGCCUGCCCUCAAACAGGGUCCAGGAUGGUAUAUAUAUAAUCUUUGGAUCUGCUAACAAACUAUCCUGGCCUGUUGCUAACUGACUAAUACUUAUCUAUUCUAACAAACCGGACUCCCUGUAACAAACUUAUUAUAAUCCUUAUCUAAUGCCUUGGCCAUAACAGCCUGCAAGGUCUUCUGCGGCUUAGCCCUUCUGCCGUAGACUUUUCCUGUCAUAACAGGCGCUUUCUUAUGAAUUCACACAAGACGAGAAGAUGU